AUGAUUUUAUUAGUGCUUUCAACACUUAUUUUAUUAUAUUUAUGGCAUUAUCGAAAGUUUUACAUUUAUGCAUCGAAAUUGCCUUCAGUCGAAGGAGGUUUACCAAUUGUCGGAUUCGCACAUUUACUUCUCGGAAAAAACAAUGAAGAGAUUUAUAUUGAAAUGAAUAAAAUUACAUCGUCACCCGGGCCUUCACCAAGAUCAUUUUGGCUUGGUCCAAUGUUUAUGAUAAUAAUUGACGAUCCCAUGCAACUGCAAAAUGUUCUUAAUUCACCAAAGUGUAUCGAUAAGCCUUCACUUUACGAAGGUCUUGGAAUGAAAAAAGGUAACUGA